AUGAGUACACCUCCGCCGCUAAGCCAAGGCUUUGGCUAUGGCAUUGUGAUCGGUCUAGGCUUUGCCUUCUCCUUCGGUAUGAUCUUGACGACAUUCGUACUGAAGAGAUACAACUAUGAACUCCAAACCUCUGAGAUGUUCUCGACAGCUGGUCGUACAGUAAAAUCAGGACUUGUCGCGUCAGCCGUAGUAUCAUCUUGGACAUGGGCGGCAACACUUCUCCAAUCGAGCGCAGUCGCCUACCGGUAUGGAGUAUCUGGCCCCUUCUGGUACGCCUCGGGAGCGACUGUGCAGAUCAUCUUAUUUGCUACGAUUGCUAUCGAGCUGAAACGAAGAGCACCUAAUGCACAUACCUUCCUUGAGGUUAUUCGAGCCAGAUACGGUCCAGUCACGCACGUCGUUUUCAUGGUCUUUGGUCUCUUUACCAACAUCCUUGUCACUUCGAUGUUGUUGACUGGAGGCUCCGCUGUUGUGACUUCGCUCACCGGCAUGCCAACUGCUGCUGCUUGCUUCCUGUUACCUGUUGGUGUAGUUCUUUACACCAUGUUUGGAGGCAUCAAGGCCACUUUCUUGACUGACUAUGCACACACUGUUGUCAUUCUGAUCAUCCUCUUGAUGUUUGCCUUCACCGCAUAUGCGACCAACGAGAAUCUCGGAAGCCCUGGGAAAGUCUUCGAUCUACUGGUACAAGCCGCAUCGGAUCACCCAGUCGAAGGGAACGCCGGAGGCUCUUACCUAACCAUGCGAUCGAAAGAAGGUGCAAUCUUCUUCGUGAUCAACAUCGUGGGCAACUUUGGUACUGUGUUCUGCGACAACGGAUAUUAUAACAAAGCCAUCGCUGCCAGCCCCGUCGAUGCUCUUCCCGGAUAUAUCAUUGGUGGUCUGUCCUGGUUCGCGAUUCCAUGGCUAGCCGCUACCACGAUGGGUCUCAGCGCGAUCGCCCUGGAGAACAACCCUGUUUUCCCCGGCUAUCCUAACCGCAUGGCUGAUGCUGAUGUGACGGCUGGGCUUGUGUUGCCCACGGCCGCUGUUGCCCUGAUGGGUUCGGGAGGAGCGGCUGCAGUUCUGCUUCUCGUCUUCAUGGCUGUGACCAGCGCCAUGUCUGCUGAGCUGAUUGCCGUUUCUUCCAUUUUCACCUAUGACUUCUACCAGACUUAUGUCAACCCUAAAGCUACAGGGAAACAACUCAUCUACAUGUCUCACACCAUGGUUGUCGGCUUCGCUGUCGCAAUGGCAGCCUGGAGUACAGGGCUUUACUACAUCGGCAUCAGCAUGGGCUACCUAUAUCUCCUCAUGGGCGUCAUAAUCUCGUCCGCUGUCCUGCCCGCCACUCUAACGCUGAUGUGGUCGAAGAUGAACUGGGUCGCAGCAACCUUCACACCACCUCUCGGCUUCGCCUGCUCCCUUAUUGCUUGGCUCGUCACCGCACAGAAAGAGAGUGGAGAACUCACUGUGCUCACUACCGGCGCCAACAACCCUAUGCUAGCAGGAAACGUUGUCGCCCUCCUCUCUCCCAUUGUUUUCAUCCCCGUCUUCACGUACGCUUUCGGACCCCAGAACUACGAUUGGCAGAGCAUGAAGGCUAUCCGCAGGGGUGACGACCACGAUCUUGCUCUUGCCGCGAACGUCGAUCUAGAACGGAUCCCCGGUGAACAACGACGAGCUAUCGAAGCUGACGAAGAGGAACAAGCCAAAUUACUCAAAGCAUCGCGUAUUGCGCGCUGGCUCACGCUCUUCAUGGCGAUAUCUUUCCUUGUGCUGUGGCCCAUGCCCAUGUACGGUUCUUCGUAUAUUUUCAGCAAGAAGUUCUUCACUGGAUGGGUUGUUGUGGGUAUUUUGUGGAUGUUCUGCUCGUGCUUCGCAGUAGGGUUAUAUCCGCUUUGGGAGGGGAGAAAAACAAGUGUCAGGACAUUCAAGUCGAUAUACAUGGACAUCACGGGGAGGAAGAAGCCGGGUAAGGGGCCGAUGGUUGUGGAGGGUGAAGGCACGGAUACACCUCCGGAGGCUAUGGAUGAGAAGAUGGUGGAGAAAUGA